CGCGCGCCGCCACCACAAACUGAACCCAUUACAGGCCCGAACGCGGUGCUGGCGAAUAAGAGGGAGGGGCCACCUUUUUGAGUACACGUCAUGAAUGGGUUGCAGCAUCGCGUGUGGUUGACGACGGGACAGCCUAUCGUCCGCCACGCGUGCCAAGUGGCAGUGCGCCUUUGGUCAUGAAGAACAUCUUUCGCAAGUUUGAGGACCAACGGCCGUCGCUGCCGUCCUCGCCCAAGCCGUAUCGACCUUUUCUUCAACUGUCGAGAACAGACAUCGCGGCGAUGUUUCCCCUGGACACAGCCAUGACGGUAGGCCCACCUCGACAACUCGUCCUCGAGCGACGGCACGUGCUCGUCCAGGAAGAGCGGCAGCGCAGGUUACGCACGAUUCUACGACACGCGCAAGACCUGGGGAGGAAUCUCCUGCGCCUCACGUACAAGACGGACGCGACUCGCGCGAUUCUUGCAGACCCCCACGUCGCCAUGUCCCCCACACAAACCCGCGUGCCUGCGCUUCCCCGCUACGCCAAUGUCGUGUUGUUUGACGAAGAGCAGAUCGCGGCGGUCGACGCCCGCGCCGACUUUGGCAGGUCACGGCACUCGAUGCCAUCCCAGUCGUGUCAUUCACUGUAAAUGCAAACCGUUGCCACCAGCUUCGACGUUCUGUCCGUGCAGCACCUGCGUCCGUCGGCGCGUCCGUGGUGCCAGCGCCUCGGACAACCACGUCGCACACCCUUGGAAACAAAAAAAGUCGCAAGCGUUGCAAACUCGCAAAUGAACACGGGAGGUGCUUGCCCAACCAAGCACGACGAUCCAGACCCACGAAACACAGGAACGUUGCGGUAGCGUAUAUGCAUCGAGAGCCAUCGCCCUAGCGAGGCGGACGCGCCGAGUUCGAUGCAAACGAUGCGCCAACAAUGUGAAAUGCACGGCGCACACGACUGCAUCGAGGUGGGCAGGGACGUAUCCUGCCCACAUGUCGAACGCCAUGCGUGGGUAUGUGGCGGUGUGUUCCAGCCGCAUGCUUGGUGGUGAGUGGGUGGCGAUGCACACCCGUAUAUGGGAUUCGGAGCAAGUGCUGGGUGGCGUUUUCAUCCACGUCAACAGGGGUCGCCGCGUAAUGCCCCAACCACUCGAUUCGACAUGGAACGUCGUCUGGCAAGGAAAGAAGGGCAUGGUGGCACAAUGCCCAGCGUUACGCUGGUGGCAUGCACCGAGUGCAUUAUUCCACUGACAAGCACGUCGAUGCAUCGCUUCCAUGCGGCCAUGGCACUGGACGUACCGACGUCCGCAUCGCUCGUCAUUCGAUCCACACGCGGGGGGUAAUAUUAAGUAAAAUAGUAAUUGUGUUGACGCAUUUUAAUAACAAAAUUGGGCCGGCAUCGAG